GCUCGGUGGAACACGGUUUACGGUGGCUUUGUUGGACUAUUCGGUGUGAGCAAUAAAUAAAAAUCAGUAAAAAAAUGCAUCAACGAUUCCGUAACGUUGCGGUGGCGUGUGCGAUCCUCCUGCUUUCGUUCUCCAACACUGCCUCUGCGCUGCGCUGUUACGCGUGUGUCAGUGGGGAAAGCUGGAGCGACUGCCAGGCGAACGCGCUGGUGCAGAACUGCGACAACGUCAGCCGGAUGUCCUUAAUGGGGCACGAUAUCUUCCUGGCACCUCAAAGCCGCCAGCUCGAGCAAGCGUGCGUGUCCGUUCACGCCAAGGGAACGAUAUCCGGCGUCACAGGAUAUGCCUAUGUCCGGCAGUGCUUCUACAACGACAAAGCCCUUUGCAGUUUGCUUCAGAGCGAGUUGCCGCCGGGAUUAAACAUCGUUACUUGUGACAUCUGCACAGGGGACCUGUGCAACGGUGCGAACAGCAUUAAGGUGGCCUUCUCGAGUGUAGCUAUGGUGUUGGUGGCCUUUUUGUUGUGGAAGUGAGGCUCAACAUAUUCGCAUGACAAAUUACGAUGAGUUCAGGAAUAAAAAU